AUGAUUAAUGAUUUCGAAGACAAUUCUAUUACUCGAUUUGAGGCAUAUAAAAGCAUUUACGAAAAUUCGAACAAAGACUAAGAAUAGAAUCACCUUAAAAAUUUACAUUACAGGAAAGAAGAAUCAUUUAAUAGUGAAAAAUCUAGUAAAAUAUUUCUGGAUGAAAUUAUUGAACAAAAAGAUCAACCUAAUCAAAACACUAGUAUGAUAGGUGAAGCAAAUGAUAUACUUAGCUGCAGUAAAAAUAAUAUAUUCUAAAGCAAUAAAGAAUAUAAUUCUUCAGAUUAAGAAGAGAUAUUUGUUGAGAUCAAUGAUAUAAAAAAUGAAAUUAAAUCAAGCCAUAAAAAAGACUUUUUAGAAAGAAGCAGCGUGGCAAAUAUUUUUAAUACAUUUGCUCAAAAAACACAAGUAGAGAAUAUUGAAUUUUUUUUUAACAAAAACUAUCUCUGGUAGAACUAAUUACCUCAAAAUUAGUAAGGUGAGGAAUGCAUUGAAUGA